AUAUAUAUAUAUAUGGAAUAACACAAUUCAAGCAGAGCGUUUAAAAGCAAAGCAUGUCGGCAAAACGAAAAUCGCCGCCCAACAAAAUUGAUGGCGACUCGAACAGCUUGGAAGGAUUAGUAGAGGUUGCCACGUCGGGACGACAAUUCCAAUGCAAUCUGAAUGAAAUCUCCGCUGCCAAAAUGCAGCAACACUUUCUCAACAAUAACAAUAUCAAUAAUUAUAAUGAUAGCGAUGUUGUGAGAAAUAGCAACGAUUGCGAUUUUAUUUGUAAUUCACAACUCACAACAGUUGACAGCGAGGGAGAGGGGGAGGCAGAGGCAGAAGGCGAAGGGGAGGCAGAGGGCGACGGGGAGGGAGAGGAGAGUCUUAUGCGAAUGGAUCUGGGACUAGGCCUCGGACUGGGACUGGGCCUGUCCAUGGUCUCCUCGGCCAGCGAUGGAGAACACACCGAUCUGGAUAUCGACACGAGCAGCAUUAGUCCCAAAUUAGCCAGUUUCAAUGAAUCCGAUGUCGAUAAUGCUCUUUUAGUUGCGAAUACAAAGCGUUUUAAAAAGUCUUCUAAGACCCGUCCGGUGAAUGGCAUUUCGAAAAUGGCGACACAUAGUCAAAACUUAGUGGAUACAGUGGAUGCAGCUGUAUAUCCCGUGAUGAACUCAGAUGUCGACGAGGUCGAGGAGGUCGGGGCCUCACUUCACUCACUCAACAGCCAAUAUAGCAGUACGGUGAUAAAGGAGGAACAGAUUGAAACUCAAUCCACAAGGCUGAGCACUGUUGUCACAGAACCAGAUGUUAUCGCCAUGGAGUACAGUGUUUUCCAGCAGCUACCUUGUCGAGACUCCGUUGCCAAUAAGCAUUUGCUGGACGGCGAACAGUUUUUACAGUUGCCAAGUUUAAUUGCGCCCGAGAGCGAUUUGGGAAAGCAGAUAAGAGAGAACCUAAUGCCAACCGAGGGCGGAGGAGAUGCACAAUCCCAGCGAACCUUCGAAAAGGAUCAAACUGUCUCUGAAAUGAUUCGACAUCUGCAACUGAUUCGAAGUCGACUGAUCAGCCAGGCGCAAUUCGAAAGCAUGACCGAUAUCAAGACGAACCUACAACGACAGCAACAACAACAGCAGCAACAACAGCAACUGCAAACUGUACAGCGAAUGCAUCAAGAGAGCUGUUUACAAGAGAUGCACCAGCAGCUGACUGCACAGUUUAACAGCAGUCAGUGCUAUGCAACGCAGCAGCAUCCACAACAACAACAGCAGCAGCAUGUCCAACAACAACAACAUCAUCCACAACACAAUCCACAUGCGUUGGUUGGUUUGCCUAACAAUUUGGUGCCGUUUUUACCAUUCCUGCGUCCGCCUUUGCCGCCAGCGCAUCACAUAUUGGGCGGCGGCAGCCAAUCACAUUAUGGCCAAGGGCACGCCCAUGGGCACGCCCACAAGUUGGCGCAGCAGCUGCAACCGAUGUGGCCAACAACGGCAUAUAUACAAGCAGCUCUUGCCGCAGCUGCGGUGGCAGCCACAAAUAAUAACAACAAUAGCAGUAUAAAUAACAAUAAUAGCAUAAAUAAUAACAAUAAUAAUAAUAGCAUUAAUAAUAAUAAUACAGAGAAUAAUAUUAAUAUUAAUCACGGCACAAAGUUUGCCGCCGAUGUGGCGCCAUCUGGCGGCGCUAGCUGUUCCCCCUCGAAUUCACCUCACACGCACACACACACAUACAGUCACAAUACACCGCCCGAUUCACCACAGCCGAGUCAGCGCUCUUCUUCGCCCGGCGCACACAAAUCCAGCGAAGACACAAACCCAACAAGGAAUCAGAGUCGCAAUCGAAAUCGCAGUCGCAGCAACAGCAUCGAUGACAUGGUUUUCGAUGCACCCUUAAAUCUUUCCAAGCCGCGCGCCUCGCCCGAUUCAUCGCCCCGGGAUCACCGGGGGGAGCAGUUGACUACCCUGGCGCCAAGUUCACCUCUCAAUUGGCAUCAGCAAAUCGCGCAGACUGCGGCCAAUGCUGCGAAUGCCAAUGCCAACGUACCCGCCCCUGCCCCGCCCCCGCCACCCACACCUGUUGCCGUCGCCGGCAACAUGCAGCAUCAACAUCAGCACCAACAUCAGCAUCAAGCAUCGCCUUUGUUUACAGAUGUGGAAGCGACUUAUUUGCAGUCGAGGAGCCGCUUGUGGAACCCGAGCAACUGCAGUAGCGGCGCACCUGUCAGUGUUGGCAGUGUUGUCACCGAUGCCACUGCUGCAAGAGGGGCCGGGGCAGGUGUGGCGCGCGCCGGACGCACGAGUCGCGACUCAAUCAACAGUUGCGGCAACAGCUCCGAGAGAUCCGCGGUGCUUGAUGCCGACACUUGCCACGUGCACACCCAGCUGAGUUGUGCCCUGCCCACUGGCUCCGCCCAGCCACAACGACACAGUCACGGUCACAGUCACAGUCACGGUCACAGUCACGGUCACGGUCACAGUCACGGUCACGGUCAUAGCAAGCCGCACAUCAAGCGACCGAUGAACGCCUUUAUGGUGUGGGCCAAGGACGAGAGGAGAAAGAUAUUGAAGGCCUGCCCCGAUAUGCACAACUCGAAUAUAUCCAAGAUAUUGGGCGCACGAUGGAAGGCGAUGUCCAACGCCGACAAGCAACCCUACUACGAGGAGCAGUCGCGUCUCUCAAAACUGCACAUGGAACAGCAUCCCGACUAUCGUUAUCGGCCACGCCCCAAACGCACCUGCAUCGUAGAUGGAAAAAAAAUGCGCAUCUCCGAAUACAAAGUUCUCAUGCGCAAUCGUCGUGCGGAAAUGCGACAGCUCUGGUGUCGUGGAGGAGGUGGUGGAGGGGGGGGCGCCUCAACGGCCUCAACACCCGCCGACUGCUCAACCGGGCCUGGACAGGUGGCUGCCUGCCUGUCAACCGCUGCCGCCGCAGCUGCCUAUCAUCUGCAGGAGCUCAGCCAGGCUCAGGCGGUGGGGGCGGGGGGGGACUGCGAGACACCUCCGCCACCAUCUUUAAUUGUUAACGGACCAGGCGGGACCAGUGGCGGAUACUAUUAUCCGCCGGAGAGCCUGUCGCCGUCGGGCUUUUCUGAGGAGGACAUGGAAAUGGCAGCACUGCGGCAGGAUGCGGACGAUUAGAUCUGUCCCCAGUUGCAGCUGCAACUGUUCCCAGUUGCUGAUAUUUCCAGUUGCAGCUGCAAGUUCCUAGUAGCUGUUAAGCUGUUCCUAGUUGACGAUGCUGAUAAUGCCCAGCUGAAGCUGUUACCAGCUGUUCCCCAAUAGAACUGCCACUGCUCCCCGUUGCUAUAUAACGGAAGCUACGAAAGCUACGGAAGCUGGUGACGGGGUAGUGACAGGUAGUCCAACUUUGGCAUUUGAAAGGUGUCAGGGUGUCAACAGGGAACCCUAAACGUGCCCGCAAAUCUCAUAAUCUCAUUUCGGGAAACAAGCUAAAUUUACCAACUCCCAUUGUGAACUAAUUAUAACCGUUUCGUGAUGCUAACGGUUGCAAUUCACAAUUUGAAGCGAUUUUUUUCAUUAAAAAUUUAUUUCCGUUUUGAUAUAAUAAUAAUCGUUCCUAUAACUACUUCUAGGAAGUUAUAAGCAAAUUUCUUUAUCGGUUCUCAAUUAAACUUUAAAUUUAUAGAAACGCUUUUAUUAGUUCAUUUAAUAAACGGACUAAUAAAAACCGUUACGCUAACUGAUUCUUCUUCAAAAAACAUCAGAUCAGAUCAGAUCAGCAUCAGUCAGUCAUCAGUCAAUUGUAUUUCAGUUUCGUUUUUAUUCGAUAUCAAUUUCCGGUUAAAGUUAUCGAAGAGGUUAUCGAAGGCUUUCAUCAGUUCUUUUAAUAGCUGACUAAUAAUUGGAAUUAUUAUUAGUUCAUUUGGUACUAGACCAACAAUAUCCAUUCUUAUAACUGGAUUCCCUUAUCGGUUCUCAAUUUCAAGUCGUGCCGAUUUUAUUUUCUGCUAUGGGAAUGGAAUGGGUUUAAGUUAUACAAACGGUUGUUAUUUAUGUAAUUAUAAUUAUUGCAAUUGAAUGAAUUUCCAGUAUCAGUUCUCAAUUGAGUUUAAUUAAUUUAAUUAAAGGGUUGCGGUAUCGCCUACGGUUUCAGGGUUGACACCCCCAUUUUAAAUACAACAAGAAACGAAAGAGCAAAAAUUUCAAUUAAGACGCUCGCGCAAAUAGUUGCUCGAAAACAAAAAUGGUAAAAAGAAAGGAAAAAAAGAGAAAGAAGAAAAGAAAGAAAAAAAAUCAGGAAAGCUUAACUCUCUAAAGCCCAAAGCUGCCUUUAAAAAGCUUAAGUUGAUUUUCUUGAAUUUUAUUAUUCAUAAUAAUAAAAACUACAAAACAUAUUUU